AUGAAAACUCACGUCGAAGUUACAUCAUCAAGAAGAAAAUAAAGAAAAGCACAUUUUGCUUCUCCUUCUCAUUUAAGAUAACAAUUAAUGUCUGCACAUUUAUCUGGAGAUUUAAGAAAAAAAUACAAUGUAAGAUCACUUCCUAUCAGAAAAGAUGACGAAGUUAUCAUUGUUAGAGGAAAAUUUAAAGGAAACAAAGGUAAAGUAACUUAAGUAUACAGAAAAAAAUGGGCAGUUCAUGUUGAAAAAGUAUCAAAAAAUAAAUUAAAUGGUGCUCCUUAUUAAAUUCCAUUAUCUGCAUCAUAAUUAAUCAUAACAAAAUUAAAAUUAGAUAAAUGCAGAGAAGAUUUAUUAAAAAGAAAAGCUGCUGGUAUUGCAAAAUAAAAAGGAUAAAAAUAUACAGUAGCUUGAGGGGAAAAAUAAAUAUUUUUAUUAUAAAUAUUUUAUUAACAAAUCAAAAUUAUAUUAACUAAAAAAGUAAUAUAUAUUUUUAAAUAUUUUUACUUUGUAUUUUAUUAUUAUUUAAAUUCAUAUCU